CUCAAAACGAAAGUAGAGGUUACAGUAGCUUAAUACAUGAAUUUAUAGUUAUGAUUUAUUAUAGCGGCUAGUAAAGCACUGAAAAGGGUGAAGAAAAUAAAACUGUUUUCUGUUAAAUUUAUCUCUUCAGAACGGACGAAAUCAUUUUCAGAAAUUCACAAGACUAUUUGUACAGUUGUAUUAGUUCUAUUUCUUUAUUUGUUUAGUUGGGAUUAUCAGAGUAAAGUAGAUGAGAAUUUCAAGGUUGGUGAUGACAAGUACUAGAUGGGCGUUUAAUACCAGACAGUGGGAACCUACGGUCUCUGACUGGGUUAAGGCAAGUCAAUGUAUUCAGUCAGAAGAGAAGGAAAGGAUUGGCAAGUUUGUGUUCAAGAAAGAUGCAAAGUCUUCAAUGAUAGGUAGAUUGAUGUUACGGAAGAUGUUACACAGGAGAACAAAGAUUCCCUAUGCUGAUAUAAAACUAGGACGGACUGAGAAAGGCAAGCCCUAUCUGAUGAAUAAUACACCAGAGGGCUGUGAGAAGCUCAGUUUUAAUGUAUCCCAUCAUGGUGACUAUGUCGUUCUUGCUGCAGAAACAUUCACAGACGUUGGUAUUGAUGUCAUGAAGCUUGAAACACCAGUUGGUGCAAAUUCAAUCAGUGAUUUUUUCCACACGAUGCGACGACAGUUCACACAAGAUGAAUGGGUUUAUAUAAAAUCUGGAAAAACAGAACAAGAUCAGCUUGGAAAUUUUUACAGAUUAUGGUGUCUGAAGGAAAGUUAUGUAAAAGCACUAGGUGUUGGUAUAGGGUUUGAAGUGAAAAGACUCAACUUUUUGAUAAAAAGUGACCUUCCCAGUGUGGGACAGACUAUUGAUACAACACAGUUGGAGGUGGACGGACAGUUUACUAUACACUGGACAUUCGAAGAAACUCUUCUUGACAACCAUUGUAUAGCAGUAGCAGAAACAUCUUCAAAUCCUGUAAAAAACCCAUUUUUUGAAGUACUCACAUUCAAUCAGCUGCUUGAAGACAGCAAUCCUCUCAGUGAUCCAGAUCAAAAAUAUGGUGAAGAGUUUAUAAAGAAACCAGAAAGACCCAAGUUACAAAGAUAACAAAAGUUAUUGCUAGUGAUUAGAAACUAAAUUACAAAUAUAAUGUUGUCAAAGAUAGAUGAAAAAUUAUCAUUACCGAGUAAUUGUCAUUUUCUUUAAAUCUGCACACCAUAUAAAUGAGAAAUUGUUUUCCUAAAAAUUCAGACUUUGAGAAAAUAUAUAAAUAGUUACAGAAAUGUCAACUAUUCAUAGUUCAUCACACUUUGUAUGCAUAUGAUUGAAUUUGCUGCUUUUGUCAUGUAAGAGCUGUGUGUAUGUUCUGACAAAUUUUAUGUAUUUUUGUGGAUAUUUAGUGCUUUAGGCAAGGGCAAAUCAUUUAUUUGUACACUUGACAACAUAUUUUACUAUAAUAAACAAUUCUUCAAUUUUAUUAAAAUUAGAAUAAACAUGGAGUCAUGCUGCUUUAAUAUGUUUAAAAGAUAAAAAUUGUGAUGAAUGUUACAACAUUACUGAAGUAUUCUUUGAAAUUUUGAAAGCAGUUUAACUAAUUGCUAAAUUUGUCAGCUGAUUGGUUGAUUGUAAGCAUACAAUUAAAAUUGUCCAAUGAUGAAGCUGAACAUGAAUUUC